AUGGAUCUUUCAUUGUUUCUUGACAUCUCCAAAACUCUAUUCGGAGCCCUGGGGAUUUUAGGAAACGGUCUUGUCUGUGUGGUCAUCGCGAAGGUGCCAGCAAUGAGAACACAGACCAACGCAAUCAUCUUCAACCAGGCCAUCAUUGACUUCAUCUCCUGCGUCUUGGUGAUCAUGAAGUCUUAUUUAGGAACACCGGGGAGUGAUAACGAAUUCUUGUUCACUAUUCAUUGUCAUCUUUUGUUUAGCGGAGCAUUUAUCUGGAUCUUCUUCGUAGCUUCAACACUCAAUCUAGUGUUGCUGACUCUUGAAAGAUACGUCGCCAUUAUGUAUCCAUUCAAAUAUGUGGUUUAUUUUGGUAAAAGGCAAGUCGCCGUUAUGUUGGUGGCUGUAUGGAUGAUCGCUACGGGAUUUGAGCUUCGUUUGGUAUCCCAUGUUCAAGUGAUCAAUGGUGAUUGUGGAUAUCCGAACAAAACAAGAACUGUGUUUAUUACUGACGGCACCAUAACAUUUCUGUUUGAAUACUUAAUUCCUUUGAUAAUAAUGACUUCAUGUUACGUACAUAUUGCUGGACACUUGAAGAAAACUGCGUCCAAUGUUCAUCCCGGACAGCCAAACAACCAAGACGUAAACAGUAUGAGUGGUUCUCUAAUUCGUGCCCGACGUAACACACUCAAGACCCUCUUCAUUGUCUUCGUCACCUACAUCAUCUGCUGGACACCAAAUCAAACUAUUUACUUAAUUUAUCAUUUUGGAAUGCCGUUAGAUUUUCAAGGAGUAUUAUAUGUCAGCACGGAGUUUUUGGUUCAGCUGAAUACGUGUGUCAAUCCUGUCAUUUACGCGUUCAAAUAUAAACAGUUCCAGAAAGGUGUGCGAUCUUUGCUGAAACCAUGUUGCCCGAGGCUGGCCGUAAGAUCGGGCGAAAACACAGUAUCGUCAAUCGCGACUAACGUGGCAUAA